CACUUCCCUGGUGGCCCAAUGGUUAAGAGUCCAUGCUACCACUGUAGGGGACACAGGUUUGAUCCUAGUUGGGGAACUAAGAUCCCUCAUGCCACUUGGUGGAGCAAAAAUAAAUAAAAUAGAAAUUUUUCUUAAAAAAGGAGCAAGCAAACAAACAGAUCUAUAAUUGAAAAUUGUGCCUUUAUUCCUCUCAGUCCAUCCACCCUUCAUGGGCCAGAGCCCUCUGCCAGUUCAGAACCCAGACAGUGAUGACGUUUGCCGAGGACAGAACUUAUCAGUAUAUCCGCAACAAUCACAGCAAUUUUUGCAAUAUUCAUGUUCUGGAUAUUCUGCCUCACCUGUCCUGCCUCACAACAAGUGACCAGGACCGACUUCGGGCCACCUAUGAGCGCAGGGGGAACCAGGGCACCCUCUGGGACCUCUUCGACAGUCUUCGGCGGAGGAAUGGCUGGGUGCAUUCCUUCAUCAGGGCACUGAGGAUCUGUGAGCAUACUGGUCUCGCUGAUGAAGUGGCCCGUGUCUACCAGAGCAACCUGCCACGGAAUCCAAACCACCCUCCAGCCCCGCUGGAGGCACCACCAGUUCCUGCUGAGAUUCCAAGGUCCUCCACACCUGCUGUGGCCCCCAGCAUCCCUGGCAAUGGCCACACAGAGUACGAGCCAAGUUACCCUCUGCCUGUCCAGGAUACCCAGCUACCAGAGUCCCUGGGAGAGAAUUCAGAGAAAGCCCCACAACCAUCCCAUUCUGGGGCUGUCCUGAAGAGGCUGGGUGGCCCCCUGGAGCCCUUGUCUGACACGGUGGCCCUCAGCACUCUGACCUCCAGUGUACAUCAGGAGCAAGACACAGAACUGGGCAGUACCCACACAGCAGGCGUGGUCUCCAGUUCCACGUCACUCCAUGGGCCUGUGUCUCCGACUGUCUCCUUCCAGCCCUUGGCCCGUUCUACGCCCAGGGCAAGCCGCUUGCCUGGACCCCCAGUGUCAGCUCCAUCUGUUGGCACCUCCUCCUCCUCCAUUGGCUUGACCUCUGCAGGAGGUGCUGGUGACCAGGCUGAAGGUACCAUCUGCUCCAGUGGGGCAGGGGUGCCCAACAACCCUAUGACUGCCAGCACAGUGCCCUCCAAGGUGCCCACCAAUUCAGCAUUUGGCAGCUCAGUGCCUUCCAAGUUGCCCACAAGCUUGAAGCCCCCUGGUGCAAUGCCUACCAGUCUAGCACCAUCCAGGUUGCCCAUCAACUCAGUGCGUUCUAGCAUGGUGCCACCCAAAGUGCCUACUAGUGGGAAACCUGACCACAGGAUGUCUGCAAGCACAGUGGCCAGUAAGGUGCCUGCCGACACAAGGCUCACCAUCAGGAGCAGCAAUAGACUCGUGAAGGAGACUCCAGCAUCACCAGUGCCCACAGGCACUGCUACUGGAGGCACAUCACUCUGGCCAGACAGCAGCUCUGACUGCUGUGGCUCAGAGCUGGAGCUGAGCAAGCCUGGAAGGCUGGUAUCUAGGAUGGACAGCCAGCCGUUCUCAGGCUGCUCCGCGGAUCUCGCCAUCAGCCACAGUAACUCCCUGGGCAUGGGGCCUGACAAUGCCCCCGAGGAGAACGAGUAUGUGUCUGAAGACACCAUUAGGAUCCAUGAGAACCCCAGCACCUCCCUCCUGGGGGACAGCCCCGGGACACACACUACCCCGAAAUUCCAGGCAGAGAAAGACGGGGAGGAAUUGCCUGUGGUCAGGACCUUGCCCUGGGCUCCGUGGCUCGGGGUGGCCAUGGCCGGGGCACUUCUAGUGCUCCUGGCUUCACUGUACCGGCGGCGCCUACCCCAGUGAAGCUCCUGGGUCCUUCUUGCCAUUCAUCUUCUCUCUUUCCCAUUGUACAUCUGCCUGAGUCACAGAGCCGAGCUGUCUCACCAUCCUUGACCCUUUUUUCAGGGCUGGCAGAAGCUGGGUCAGAAGGGAGGCAGGGGGCCACAGGCCUAGUCCUUGGGGGCAGUAUUUCUGUCCCAUCUCAUGCCCUUGGUGGCUCCCCCACCAUCCUUGGCUUACCGGGCCCUGGGCUGCUCCUGGUGCUCCAGCCCUCACCCAGCUGGCCAUCUGGUUGUUGCCCUUAACCCCUGGAGAAGGUGCUCCCAUCUAGGCCUUAUCCCUCUUUACCCAAGUGCAAGAAUCAGGAGGUGCCACUGGGGACCACAGUGGGUCGGAAACCUUCCCCAUCCUGCCUGGUCCCUCCAACCAAUAGAUGGGGUAGGGGACAUUGCUCUAGCCCCCAGUGGCCCAGUAGCCCCCUGCAGAGCAGCAGGGAGGCCCAUCUUUAAGGACUUAGUCCCCUGUCUCUCUGGUUCCCCUCCCUACCACACAAGGAUGGGAGGAGGUCCAGAGAUUCCCAUGGACCCCUGGGAAGCCUGAUGAGGUGCUAGACCUGAGGAGCACCUAAAGAGCCCCUCUCCAGCCCCCUCAUCCUAGUCUCUGUUCUCUUCAGCUCCCUAUGGGGGUUGGAGAGGGAGAACCUGCAGGACAGAGCUCAGGCCAAGGUUUGGAUUUCAGCUCCACCUCUUUGUGGGCUGUGUGGCCUUGGCAGAUAAUCAGACUUCUCUGGUCUUGCUUACCCAUGUGGACAAUGAGGAUUGUGUCUCAUCCUUCACUGAAUGCUCCUGAGAUUGGAGCAUACAGAUCUUUGUUAAGUGCCUGGUCCAAAGCGGGUGGCCGCUAAAUGCUCCUCUCACCUUUCCCUGCCUAGCCAGGCAGAGAUGAGGGCAUGAGAGGCAGAGUGCCCAGUGGGUAAGUAUGCACCGCUGCAGUGUAGGGUAAGUUAGGCCCUGUUCUGUCUCUUACUAACUCUGUGCUCUUGGGCAAGGUGUUAAUCUCUCUAUGCCUCAGUUUUCUCACCUGUAUAAUUGGUAUGAAUAGUAAAAUUAUGUAGAUAUCCUAUACAUCUAUACAUGUCCUAGUAUUGUGAGGAUUAAAUGAGUUUAUCUAUAUAAACCUUAGAAUGGUUCCUGGCAUUUUACUUACUGAAGUUUGCAUGCAUGUUGGUUUUGUCACUAUUCAAACGUGGAGGGGCUGGAGCACUUGGCCACACAUUUAGAAGCAGACCCAGCCCCUACUGCCUAUGCCUCUUUCAUAUUUGUCCCUUAUUUUGUUCCAUGCACUGGGGAUUGCUGGGGAGUAAGGAGGGAGACAUGUCUACUGGGGCAUCUGUGCAGGGUGGGGGCUAGGGUGCCCCCCUGCAGCAGCCAGAUGGAUUGAAGGAUAUCCUUGUGAGUGCUUUCCAGGCAGCCAUUGCUGGACAAGGGCCAGGCACAGGAGCCUCAGGGAGCUACCUUCAUUUCUGGGCUUUGCAAGGGACAGGGACUAGAGCUCUAAGGAGACAUAAAAGUUAGGGUGUCACUGUGGCCCACCCGCAAGCUGUCAGUCUGCAGAGUCCUGCACCCUGCUUUGGCUACUACAGUCUUUCUUUGCACUGCCCUCAGGGACUUCAGCAACCUAAUGGCUUCUAUCUCUACCUCUGAACUUAUCUUGAGCCCUCUCUCCAGACCGAACCACCUGUACCCUGAAGCCACGAAUGGUCCCUAGUGAAGCUGUCUGCAACCACUCCAUGUCAUCUUUACUCUUAACCAGCCUUCUGGGCUCCUUCCUAGGUACCUAGGUCAGUGAACAAUUCAUGAACAGGUAUUGGUUUUAAUGUGUUACCCUCCCAAGAUAGCUUUGGAAAAAAGUAUCUCCAGAAAACAGUUUGUAAACCCAAAGAAUGCUUCUUAAAUUGUAGGAUUUCAAACAGAGUGACCAGCUGUUUUGGAGAGAUCUGUGGAUAAGGUGUAUAGGAAAUAUUCAGGGAAUGUCCUGGCACUUUUCAAAUUAUGCAGCCCAGAAGCCCUGACUUAGCCUGCAUUGUGCAGCAUUCCUAUUUUAGCUGUUGUAACUAGAAUGCCAACUUCAGGCAGGAUUGGGAUUGGCUGUUGGCAAGGAGAAGGCUUGGGGCAGUUGAUGAGAUGCAUCAGAUCUCAAGAGUCCUGGGUUUGGAGUAUGGUUUCAGUUGCAGGAGGUUGCAUGUAGGAGGGAAACCCAGGCAGGUCACCAUGGCCUGGAUGAUGUGAAGGGAGUGAGGAAGGACCUCUACCCCCAUACAGGGGUCUAGUCACCUAUACUUGGAGAUGGGAAGGUACCUUCACCUUGGGGUAGAAUCAGGGGUGAGGUCAGAGGGCCCUUACAAGCACUUAGGGCAGACUUAGCAAUAGGUAUCUGCAUAUAAAUCUCUCGCCAUCUUUUCUCUCCCCUGUUGAAGCAUUUCCUUCAAAGCCCAAAAGUCACCACUGCUUCUCUUUCCCUGGGAAACACCUGCCAACUUUGCUUGAUGACCCACUGGAGGCAGACUAAUACCACGUUCUCACCUUGUUUCCUUGGUUGGACAUGGUCAGAUUUAGUUGAUUCAGGGGAAUUUCUAGUCAGAGAGCAGUAUGCCCUUUACUUUUUCAGGCCUUGGAUUAUUCAUAGUCUCUUUUAUGAAACUUUUUUAUUAUGGAAAACUUUUAAGGACACACAGAAGUAUAGAAAAUAGAAUAAUUACUCCUCCCCUCCAUAUGCCCAUCGUGCUUUGUACUGUCGCUUCAGUCAUGUCCAACUCUUGCGACCCUAUGGACUGUAGCUCACCAGGCUCCUCUGUCCAUGGGAUUCUCCCAGGCAAGAAUACUGGAGUGGGUUGCCCUGCCCUCCUCCAGGGGAUCUUCCUGACCCAGAGAUAGAAACUGUCUCCUUCACUGAAAGGUGGGUUCUUUACCACUAGUGCCACCUGGGAAGGCCAUAUGCCCAUUACCCAGCUUCAGUAAUUAUGGACUCAGGACUUCCCUGGGGGGCCAGUAGUUAAAACUCCAUGCUUCCAUUGCAGGGAGCGUGAGGUCAAACUGUGGUUGGGGAACAUGCUGUGGUCAUGGUGGUGGUUUAGUCACCAAGUCAUGUCUGACUGUUUGCAACCCCAUGAACUAUAACCUGUCAAGCUCCUCUGUCCCUGGGAUUUUCCAGGCAAGAAUACUGGAGUGGGUUGCCAUUUCCUUCUCCAGGGGAUCUUCCUCACCAGGGAUCAAACCUGGGUCUCCUGCAUUGCAGAUGGAUUCUUUACCAACUGAGCCACCAGGGAAGCCCCCACAUGCCAUAGGGUAAAGCCAAAAAUAUAUUUAAAAAAUAAUUAUGACUCCUGUCUUGUUCAUCCCUGCCUGAUCCCUCAUUUUUUGUACAAGUUCUUUUUGUACGUCAGAAAGUGAAGAGUUCAGAAAGUCAAGGGAAAGGCUUAGGACAGGAGGAUUUUGUAGCCAAGGCCCUUUGUUAAAAAAUUUUUUUCCCAAGGCAUUCUCCAUUGUCUUUUUAGCCUCAGUGGGUGACAUCCCUUUUGAACCAGUUCAGAGUAUGAGCAGCACUGGUUCUCUGUCUUAGGAGGAGAGAACCUGAGGAGUUUCCUUCACUGACAAGCUCCUUGAAGCUGUUUGGCUACUGCUUCUGUCCCAGAGAGGUGGGGACCAAUGGGUGUGUCCAAUGGCAAUUUGCUCCAUUGCAUUAAGGGUCUCCUUUAGGCUUUCACAGAGCCCUUCCAUCUGGCAGAAAUUCCCAUCCUUGGCCAGAUUCAAACUUCACAGCAUGUCUCCUGAUCAUAUAGGAGUCUCCUUGGGAUGGAGUCAUUCAGGCCUUAAGGUCCCUUGCUUCCUACCGUGCACUAUGGUAGCAUUCAGGAUCCCUGGGCUAAUCUAUGCUGUGAUAACUCAUUAUGGGUGGAAAGCACAUGCUCCCUUGUGCUCCCCUUUCUGCCCUUUUCCCUAUAGCCCAGGGUCAUGAAGUUCACAUUUGGUGCAAGGCAUGGUCGGUCACUCAGCAUUCCUCACUCCUGCUGCUGCUGCUGUUAAUAACAGCAAAAAUAAAAAGAGCUACCACUUACCCCAUACCUUGUUGCAUGCCAGGUACUAGGCAAAGUGCCUUACAUGUAUUAACUUAUUUAGUCCUCGCAAUUACCCUAUGAAGGGGAUAUAAUUGUGACCCAAUUUACAGCUGAUCUGCAAGACCGAGAGGGAGGAAGGGUCAGAGAGGUCAAUGCAAGGGAAAACUGGCCCCUGAGCCUGAGUUGGAUGUUUUCCAUGCCCCUGACCCUCAGCUGAUCAGGUGUCUGUAGGACCUGGGGCUCCAUUUCAGGUGAGAUUUCACGCAUCUCUUCCUGGUGUUCCAAGAACUGCCACCUGCUAUAAUAGUAUAAUAAUAUUCAACAUAUAAUUUAAUAUAGUCUCAGGGAUUUGUGACAAUAUGAAUAUAAUCAUAUGUGUGUCCAGGCUCAAUGGCCUGAGGCUGCAUGAGGCGAGGCAGCAGGCACAAGCCAGUCCUCUGGAGGCCAGUUUGGUUUAAUAGAUGUUGUUAAGGAUUCCAGUGUGCCAGGUCGAAGGCCUAAAUUGAGUAAGUCAAUUGUACCCUUCAGAGCUCAGGAGUGACUCACAAAGUAUGGUGGAGACAAAUAGGCUUUCAUGUCAUUUUUUUUUUUUUCAUGUAUUUACAACAAAUAUUUGUUUUGCUCCAACUGAGUACAGAGUAUGAGGAUAGGCCUUGGAGACACAUAGUAAUAAAGCAAAAAGCCUACCUUCAGUGCCUCCUGUCACUUACUGUCUUCAAUUUAAUUGUGAGUGGCUUAAAAGCAUGAGCAGGAGUGGGGUGGAGGGAGAGAAAAAUGUUGUUUUGAUUAGUCAUGUACUAUUAACAAUUAUAACAAUGAAAUCCAGGAAAACAGUAAAAGUUAGAGCCUCUAGGGAACAAGAAAAAUAUUAAGUAUAAAUUUACAGACACCUCCCAGAAAGGCUAAAAUGAAAGUGUCUGACAAGAUCAAGUGUUGAUGAGGACCUCCCUGGUAGUCCAGUGGUUAAGAAUCCACCUGCCAAUGCAGGGCACAUGGGUUCCAUCCCCUAGUCCAGGAAGAUCCCACAUGCCGCAGAGCAGCUAAGCCCGUCUGCCACAACUUCAGAGCCCGUGCAUCUAGAGCCUGUGCUCCACAAGAGAAGCUACCAAGAUAAGCCUGCGCACCCCAGUGAGCCCCGGCUCGUGACAGCUGGAGAAAGCCUGUGUAAAGGAACGAAGACCCAGCACAGCUGAAAAAAUAAAAAAAAGAUCACAUGUUGAUGGAAAUACAGAGCAAUUAAAACUCUCUAACUUUAGGAGGAAUGUAAGUUAGUAAAACCCUGUUGGAAAAUUGGCAGUAUCUACUAAAGCUAAACACAUGUAUAACUUAUGACCCAGCAAUUCUACCUUGGGUGUAUACAUGACAGAAACAAGAGCUCAUGUCUACCAAGAUACGUGCAAGAAGUUUUCUAACUGCGCUGUUCAUAAUAGCCUCAAACUGGAACCAAUCCACAAGGCCUAUCCAUAGUAGAAUGCAUAUAUAAGUUGGGGUAAAGUCAUACAGCAGAAUAUUGUUAUUGUUCAGUCACUCAGUCUUGUCCGACUCUGCGACCCUAUGGACUGCUGCAUGCCAGGCUUCCCUGUCCUUCACCAUCUCCCGGAGCUUGCUCAAACUCAUAUCCAUUGAGUCGGUGAUGCCACCCAAACAUCUUGUCCUCUCUUGUUCCCUUCUCCCGGCUUCAGUCUUUCCCAGCAUCAGUGUCUCUUCAAAUGAGUCAGUUCUUCGUAUCAGGUGGCCAAAGUACUGGAGCUUCAGCUUCACCAUCAGUCCUUCCAAUGAAUAUUCAAGGUUGAUUUCCUUUAGGAUUGACUGGUUUGAUCUCCUUGCAGUCCAAGGGACUCUCAAGAGUCUUCUGCAACACCACAGAUCAAAAGCAUCAAUUUUUCGAUGCUCAGCCUUCUUUAUAGUCCGUCCGAAUCUCACAUCCAUACAUGACUACUGGAAAAACCAUAGCUUUGAUGAUAUGGACCUUUGUCAGCAAAGUAAUGUCAUAGCUUUUCUUCCAAGGAGCAAGUGUCUUUUAACAAUGAGUUUGAAUGAAAAUAUUGCUACAUACAGCAUGGAUAUAUCUUACAGACAUGAUAUUGAGAAACACGUCAGUAUACACAGAAUAGAAUAUGUG